UCUUACAACACGAGCUUUAUUAUAAAGCCAACAAAUUAAAGUUUAUUGAACUUGAGACACAUAUUCUAAAAUUGAUCCUAUUUAGGAAGUCGUGUCAUAGGUUGGCAUCUAACGGUCUAAGACUACAUCCACUAAUAUAUAAUAAUUACAUUCCUUUUUAUUUUUCACGAAUCGAUUUGGGAAAAAAUGGGUGAUGAGAGAGAAGCUCUUAAAGGAAAGAUGAGUGAUGAGAGAGAAGCUUUGAGCAACAGAAAACGCUACCAUCGUCACUCUCAACAACAGAUCCAACAAAUGGAAGCGUUUUAUAAAGAAUGUCCACAUCCGGACGAGAAGCAAAGAAAAGAACUGAGUAUUCAACUUGGGAUAGAACCAAUUCAAGUCAAAUUUUGGUUCCAAAACAAGAGAACACAAAUGAAGACGCAGCACGAGCACAACGAGAACGCCCAGCUCCGAAUCGAAAACGAGCGACUCCGGGCCGAGAAUUUAAGGUUUCGAGAAGCUCUCAUCAAUAUUUCUUGCCCUAAUUGUGGUGUUCCAAAUUUUCAAGAAAGCCAACUAAUGGAAAAUUAUUCCUUAAAUCAGCACGCGAGCAAACCCUCUUCUUGGGCCCCACAUUUAGCCAUCGGUCCCAUUAAUAAUGAAGUUGAGAGCGAAGAUUAUCGGGCGGCUGUGAUGGAGGCGGCGAGCUCCGCCAUGGAGGAGCUCGUGAGAGUAGCUCAAUUGGGUGAACCGUUGUGGGUGGCGAGCGCAGACCGCCACACUUUUGUGUUGAAUGAAGAGGAAUAUUUUCGGGCUUUUCCCAAGGUUUUCGGGCCUAGGAGAGAUGGGUUCAAAUCCGAGGCGUCGCGGGAAGCCAUUGUUGUUCCCGCCACGGCUGCGGAUGUCGUUGGGAUCCUAAUGGAUGUGGAGCAAUGGACAAAUGUGUUUUCAGGAGUAGUUUCACAAGCAACGAACUUGCAAGUCGUGUCGUCUGGAUUGGAGGGAACGUAUAAUGAAGUUGUGCAAGUGAUGACUGCGGAGUUUCACGUCCCAUCGCCGGUGGUUCCGACUCGCGAAAGCUACUUUGUGCGACAUUGUAGACGACACGUGGAUGCCACGUGGGCCGUGGUCGAUGUCUCUUUAGAUCACUUACAUUCUACUCCGUCCAACACAUGUCGGAGAAGACCUUCCGGUUGUCUCAUUCAAGACAUGCCUAACGGUUACUCCAAGGUGAUAUGGGUCGAGCAUGUUGAAGUGGAAGGCGGAGGCGUCCACAGCAUUUAUAAACCACUAAUUACGGCCGGUCUAGCUUUUGGGGCACGGCGGUGGAUUGCGAUUCUCAACGGAUAUUGCCAACGUGUUGUGAUCGGAUUGGUUCCUUCGGAUAUCGAUUUUUUAGAAAAUCAACAAGGUAGGAAAAGCAUGCUGAAGCUAGCAGAAAGAAUGGUAGCAAGAUUUUGCCGCGGAGUAAACACCUCAAUUGCAAAUAUAUGGACAACCAUAUCUGGGUUUGGGAACUCAAGCGACUGUGUCAAAAUCAUGACUCGGAAAAAUGUGGAUGAUCUGAGCAUGCCGUUAGGGUUUCACCUCAACGUCGCCACUUCAUUUUGGUUGCCCAUCCCGCCCAAGAGGGUCUUCGAUUUCCUCCGCGAUCACAAUAAUCGGAAAGAGUGGGACAUGCUUUUAAACGGAGGUGAUGUUGAAGAAAUGGCCCACAUUGCGAGUGGCAAAGAAGAUGGAAACCGUGUUACAAUGUACCAAGUAAAGGCUAUGGGUGGAAGCUCGAGUGAAACGAUAAUGCUGCAAGAAAGUCGCAAAGACCCCACGGCCUCCUACGUCGUUUACGCCCCAAUCGACAUGAUCUGUGCAGAGACGAUUUUAGGUGGCGGCGAUCCCAUUUCCGUACCCUUACUUCCGUCGGGAUUCGCCAUUCUCCCCGAUGGCCCGACUCGCGGCGGCCGAACCACGGCGGAAGGGGAAACCGGAGGAUCGCUUUUGACGGUGGCCCUUCAGGUUUUGGUAGAUUCAACUCCUGAUGCAAACCUUAAUUCGGGAUCGCUUGCAGUAGCUAACAAAAUAAUUUGUGGCAUUAUGGAUAAAAUUAAACAAGCUCUCAUCACCUGAUCUUCAUUAUAAGGUAAGGUGCAUUGUUUCUUAUACUAUAUUUAAAUAUUAGCUCGAAUUUUAAUUUCCACCGUUCUUCUUCUUCUUCUUCUUCUUCUUCUUCUUCUUCUAUUCUAGGGGUUUUGGCAAAUAAAAUCAUGAAUUAUUUCGAAUUUACAAAUUUAACGUGAUUUUUGAAGUGCGGCGAAUUAAGCCACCAUCUUUUCAAUUUUUGCAAUUCAAUCUCCCCAGGUUUUUGCGGUCGUCGGAUUGUUGAAUUAGAGUUUACGGCGACUAGUUCUUCAUGUAAUAUUUAUGUUACGACAUCAUUUGUAAUAAAAUUGUUGAAUAUUAGAAAUUAUGGUGCAAAUACAGGGUACAAUUCAAUCAUUUAAUUUGGAGAAAUUUUUAAUUGAAACUGUAUGAAACAACAUCGUUUAAGCCUUACAAAAACAAUAUUGUCUUUACUAAUAUCCACAUAAGCUCCAAUUCAACACUUCGGCGACGAAAAAAAAAUUGGGGGAACAAAAUUACAAAAAUUAAAAAGAUGGUGAUUUAAUUUGCCUCACUUCAAAAGUCACGUUAAAAUUACAAUAUCGAAAUAGUUCAUGAAUUUAUUUGCCAAAACUCCUUUAUUUUUAAAAUAUUAGCUUGAAUUAGGUCUAUUAAUUGGCAUUAACUAAUGCUACUUUACGAUUUUUUGUAUUGAGACUUAUUAAUCUUUCUUCUUAUUCUUUUUUUGAGAACGGGCUUAAUUUUUCUUUGGGCCCAUUAGUAAUGAAAUCAUAAUUGUAUUUAUUGCGAAACUCAACUAUACAAAAUUCUCUCUAGUCCACAUAUUAUGACAUAAGUAUAUUUUUUGGCAAAAUUAACCGGUUAAUUGUUACUAAUAAUUAGUGCAUGUAAGCAGUUUGCGUGUUAAUAAAUUAAAUACUUCCAUUAUAAUUAUCUCGCAUUAAUGUUAGAUGUUGGUCAAGAUCGGCGGCAUACAUGGAGUGGUCUGUAUAUAAUCUAUUUUGACCACUGGGGGCCAUAUAACUUUGAGUCUUUGACCAAGAUAUAACAAUAUUCCAAAAUAUUAUUUAUACUACUAUUUAAAUCAUAGAAUUUCUAACAAACGUACGUGACUUAAUUUUGUUGACAUAUAUAUAUAUAUAUAGGGUGCGGUUAUAGUGAGAACACAUUUAUCGUGAGAACAUAAGAACCAUUAAAAUCAAUGCAUCUACUAUAUAAAUUAAUGCAUUCGCUAUUAAAUUUAAUGCAUCCGAAAAUAAUAAAUUUUUUGCUCCCUUCAGGAUUCGAACCUAGGAUCUGCAUUCAUCCACCAAGAUGAUGCAUCCACCGUAGAUCUUGAUGAUCGAAUGGUUUAAAAUGGUUCUAUGUUCUAAUUUUAUUUAGUGGUUCUUAUUUGAACCUCUCCCUCUAUAUAUAUAUAUAUAUAUAUAUAUAUAUA